GAGAAAAUCACUCAACCUCACUUUUCUUCCUCCUCGCCUCUCACCCUCUCAUUUUUCUAUGUAAGAACAUGAAACCCUACUUCUGCAAUGGUGAACUGAACCCAAACCCUGUCUUCCUUUUCUAUCAUCAUAGAUCAUAUCCCCAUCAUGAACUCUUUUCUUUCAUCACCAUCAACAGUUCUUUUAGUUGUCAUACUCAAAAUCAACAAAACCCUUAAAAACCUAGAAUCAAAAUCUGGUUUGUUUCUCAAUAAUUGAGUACAAAAUCAACUCGAACCUCACUGUCACUUCACAGAUCGAAACUCACUGUCAGCAAUCCAUGCUUUAUCCUUAACCCUUAUCUUAAAAUCGAAACCCAUGUAUCAGCGGAAAUUAAAAUGAAACUCUGUAAACCUAGGUCUAGUUUUUUUUGCUCCUGAAAUUAUCAGGUAAGGUGUUUCCUUUUCUACUUUUCCUUACACAAUUCAUCAAGUUGGUUGAAGAUCUCUUCUCCUAAUGUUGAGGAGAACAUCUUUAACUUCUCAAAGAAGGGUUUAAUCUCAUCAUAGAUUGGUAUUGGUUUCAUGAUUCUCAUGGCUAUGAAGUCUUAUAUUUGGCUACAAACUUCUGAUGGUUCCAUCCAGCAAGUAGAAAAAGAGGUGGUUACAUUCAUCCCAAUGAUUUGUAGAGAGGUGCUAGAAAAUAGCAUGGGAUCAACUAAGAACUGCGCUAACAUCUCAAAGCAUGCCAUAUAAAUCCUGGUCACAUACCUUUAUUUUACUUAAAAGUCAUGCAGUCUAACUCAUUAAUUUUAGAGGGAGUUACCAUUUUUCGGGCCACCGGAUAUGUAAAAUUCUUCUUGAUAUUGCUUUAUUUUUCAGUGUGGCGCAACAUCUCCCAGGUUUGGAGCUUAUCGAAGGGGACAGUUGUAGUGAAAUUUAAUGCCUAUGAGAAUGUAAAUUUGGUAUGUGUGGUCUGAUAAGCUGCUAUCAUGUCUACAACUCUUGACCAGAGUAGUGCCCACUGAAUUUCUUUGUUACUAUUUGCGUUGUAGUACUAACCUAUAUUCGGUUAGUAUGUUGCAGAACAAACUAUUAGUGUCAAUGACGAUAACAAAGUUGGAAAUGUCAGAAAGCCAUUAAUCUGUCUUAGUCAGCUCUUCUUAUUGCUUGUUAUGAUUGCUGCAUCUUCGUAUGGUUUUUUGUUGGUUAUUUGCUUAAGUUCUAAAGACACGAACACUAUUCAGUAGAGACACAUUUAUGAGAGCUAAAAAAAUUGUUUGCCUAUUUUACUAAUUGUUUUCUACUAUGGAUUACAGGCUAUGAAGAUUGCAGGUAUCUUAUUCAUCGGGGUUCCUUGACAUGUUCAAGUACGCCAUUUUAACCAAGAUGGAAGUGCUGAAUUUGAGUCUAGGAGGCCCUGAUUACUCGGCUCUUCUUUUUGUUAAGAUGCUAGGAGAACAACUAUUUCCGCUCGUCAAGAGCAUCGAGCACGAUUUUGCAGGCAAGCUCUUAGAGAUGGAUAAAACCGAAGUGCUCCAUCUGUUACCCAGAUGCUUUGAAGAAAAAAGUUUCAGAAGCCAUGGCCGUUUUGGAGCGAACUGGACGCAUGUUUUGAGGAGAUUUCUUACAAGUUGCUUUCUUGCGAAUUUUUUUAUGAAACUUGUUGUAUCUGUUCAUGUCAAGGUAUCUUCUUCAUCGGGGUUGCUUGACAUGUUCAAGUAUGCCAUUUCAACCAAGAUGGAAGUGCUGAAUUUGAGUCUAGGAGGCCCUAAUUACUCAGCUCUUCUUUUUGUUAAAGGAUUCAUAAAGAAAAUAAUAUCUCAAGAACAUGGAGCUUAUAAUCUUGUUGAGCUUUUAUGUAAAGAUGGACAUGGGAGAUAUCCCUAACAUUGAAGCUGCAGUGGUUCUUCCAAAUGAAGUCAAAUAAUUCUUUCGUUUUUCUUUUUUGUUUUCACUGAAUUGUAUUGUAGAUUGUAUAAUUAUGUUUUAGGUAUAAACUUAAUUGUACUGCAGGCCUGUAAACUGAGUACAGAUCCAUGAUGAUGAACAUGCCUGUAAACUGGGAGCCCAGGUCCAUAAUAAUGACCUGGGCUACCCAUUUUUUUUUUAGUUGUAAUUUGAAGUAUUGUAACGGAUAUAACUGAAACAACAAAUGUAAGUAAAAGCAACACGUGUCGUCAUCUCA